AUGGGCGGAGCGAUAGAUGCGACUUCGGGAGUGUGGGAUCUCACGGUCGCCAGCUUACCGCAACUCCUUCGUCAACUGUCACCAUCCCCGCUAACAGCGCUGAACGGCAGCGGCGGCUUGGGGAAUGAUAGUAAUCUUUUACUGACGGGUCGGCUCUCACGUGGCAUGCAGUCGGGAGGUGAUCUCCUAUUGAGAAGUUAUCCUUUUUCCGACGGACCAUUCUGGCGCGAAAUCUUCCCUGGAGCUGAUUUUUUUUCCGAUGGCUCCGUCUGGCGUGGUCUGCGCGACUCGCUGCAAUACCCCGGACUGUCGCGCGACGUGUGUGCGACUGUAAUGACGACGGGGCUCGUCGUCGCAUGGCUGCGGCUCUUCGACUUGCUCGCGCGACGAAACUUGGUCGAGCGGAAGCUGAGUCGCAAGGUCCUGCACAUCACCAUCGGCCUCUUCUUCGUCUUCGUCUGCUGGCCGCUCUUCAGCGCGUAUCCGCAGGCGCGGUUUUUUGCAGCGGCGGCCCCCGUGGUCACGGCGGUGCAGCUCUUGCUCCUAGGGCUCGGCGUGACGCGCAGCGACGGCAUCGUUAAAUCUAUGAGCCGCAGCGGUAGCAAGAGCGAGUUGUUAAGUGGGCCUUUAUGUUACGCAGUCACCAUAAUGCUCAUGACUGUGGUGUUUUGGAGAACGUCGCCUGUGGGAAUGCUUGCUCUUGUCAUCAUGUGCGGUGGAGAUGGGGUGGCGGACAUCGUGGGGCGGCGGUGUGGUUCCUGGAAGCUUCCAUGGAACGAGCAGAAGAGCUGGGCUGGCAGUGCUGCCAUGCUGUUUUGCGGAUUCGUCCUCUCACUUAUCUAUUUAUGGUUCUUCUGUUUUCUCGGCUUUUUCUCCUGCCCCAUCCCCUCCCACCCUCUCCUCCGGGUGUUCCUAAUAAACCUCGGAGCUACAGUAGUUGAAUCUCUGCCUAUUAACGGAUACCUUGACGACAACAUCUCCGUUCCAGUCACGGCUGUGCUUUUAAGCAAGCUGCUACUAGCGAGUGCAUAG